AUGACCGAUUCGAAGUAUUUCACAACCACCAAAAAAGGUAAAUUUAUUGGAGUUGUCUCAACAGUUUUAUGUGUAAAAAAACUUAAUUGUCUUCAUUUAAACAAUUUUCCAUUAAAAAAUGUUUGCAGGUGAAAUAUUCGAGCUGAAAAAUGAGUUGAACUCGGACAAGAAGGAGAAGAAGAAGGAGGCGGUAAAGAAAGUGAUCGCGAGUAUGACGGUCGGAAAGGACGUGAGCGCCCUGUUCCCUGACGUCGUCAAUUGCAUGCAGACGGACAAUGUCGAGCUGAAAAAACUCGUCUACCUGUACCUGAUGAACUACGCAAAGUCGCAACCCGAUCUGGCCAUUAUGGCCGUUAACACCUUCGUCAAGGUUUGAUUUUUGUGAUUUCUCUUUGAAUUCCGUCCCACAUCUUUCAUUUUUUGACAUCUCUCUAUCAAUUCUGCGUUAGUUCUCUCAAAAUCCUUGUAAUAACAAAAUAAAAUUGUGGAAAUUUCCCAAAAACACGUCUCAGUGCAGGCAACGUCCUUUUUUGAGCGUUUGACCGCUGUGCGUGGCGUCAUAGCUCAAAAUAAACUCAAGUUUGCAGGAUUGCGAGGACCCGAACCCGCUGAUACGCGCCCUGGCCGUCCGCACAAUGGGAUGCAUCCGCGUCGAAAAAAUCACCGAAUACCUAUGCGAUCCGCUGCGGAAAUGCAUGAAGGACGAGGAUCCGUACGUGCGGAAGACGGCCGCGGUCUGCGUCGCCAAACUGCACGACAUGAACCCAUCGCUGGUGAAGGAUCAGGGAUUCGUGGAGCUCCUCAACGACCUGCUCUCCGAUGCGAAUCCGAUGGUGGUGGCGAAUGCGGUGGCGGCGCUCACGGAGAUCAACGAGCAAAAGACGGUGAUCGAGGUGAACAGCCAGAUGGUCAACAAGCUGCUGACUGCGUUGAACGAGUGCACCGAGUGGGGACAGGUCUUCAUUUUGGACGCCCUGGCCGGCUACUCGCCCAAAGAUGAGCGCGAGGCCCAGAACAUUUGCGAGCGAAUCUCGCCACGUCUCGCCCACGCCAACGCCGCUGUAGUACUGAGCACCGUCAAAGUGCUCAUGAAAUUGAUCGAUAUGAUGCCGGCCGACUCGGAUUUCAUAGCCCAGCUGACCAAAAAAUUGGCCCCACCAAUGGUGACCCUCUUGUCCGCCGAGCCCGAGAUUCAAUAUGUCGCUCUGCGAAACAUCAACCUGAUUGUGCAAAAACGGCCGGACAUUCUGAAGCAAGAGAUGAAAGUGUUCUUUGUCAAGUACAACGAUCCGAUCUAUGUGAAAAUGGAGAAAUUGGACAUUAUGAUCCGUCUGGCGCAGCAGAACAACAUCUCGCAAGUGCUCAGCGAGCUCAAAGAGUACGCCACCGAGGUCGACGUGGAUUUUGUGCGGAAAUCGGUGAGAGCCAUCGGAAGAUGUGCGAUCAAAGUGGAGGCGAGCAGCGAACGAUGCGUACAGACACUUUUGGAACUCAUCCAGACAAAAGUCAACUAUGUAGUGCAGGAAGCCGUCGUGGUCAUCAAGGACAUCUUCCGAAAGUAUCCGAAUCGCUACGAGAGCAUCAUUUCGGCGCUCUGUGAGAAUCUGGACACUCUUGACGAGCCGGAAGCGCGCGCCUCGAUGAUUUGGAUUAUUGGUGAGUACGCGGAGAGAAUCGACAAUGCCGACGAGUUGCUCGAGAGUUUUGUGGAAGGAUUCCACGACGAGAACACUCAGGUCCAACUACAAUUGCUCACCGCAGUCGUAAAACUGUUCCUGAAGCGUCCGGCGAACGCGCAAGCUCUCGUUCAGCGUGUCCUGUCACUCGCCACGCAGGACAGCGACAAUCCGGAUCUUCGCGACCGCGGAUUCAUCUACUGGCGCCUCCUUUCCGCCGAUCCGGCCGCCGCGAAAAACGUGGUGCUCACCGAAAAGCCGCUCAUUUCGGAAGAGACUGAUCUCCUCGAGCCGUCACUUCUGGAGCAACUCGUCUGUCACAUUGGAACCCUCGCGUCGGUCUACCACAAACCGCCGUCCGCGUUCAUCGAUCCGGCUAAAGCUCCGUUGAGACAAAUCAACCCGGUGCCGACCGCGAAAUUGUGAGUUUCCGAGGGGAAGCCAAAACGCGUAGCUUGAUCACAAUUGAGCAAUUUUUAUGACUGUUAUGUGUGAAAUGAAAAAAAAGUCGCUAAUAUUCAAAUUUCCCGUAUCAAAAUUCAGAAAAUGUAUUGAUUCCAUGAAAACUGUUUGCAGCGGCGGCGCGAACCUGCUGGACACCUCCUCCACCUCGGCCGCUUCUCGCAACGGAUCUUCCUCUGCGCCGACGGUCAUUCCGUCGCAAGACCAGGUCAUCGCCGACCUCCUCUCCCUGGAUUUGAGUGCUCCGGCGUCCGGAGCAGCCUCUGGCUUUGGCGGAGCGCCGACGAUGAGCGGAACAACGUCUUCCGGCGGCCUCGACGAUCUGCUCGGCCUCGGCGCCGAUCCGCUUCCGCCCACGCAUCCUGUCGGCGGAAUGACGGCGCCGUCGCACAAUCCGUUCGACGUGCUCGGACUCGGAUUAGGAGCAGCUCCGGCCGCCCAGCCGGCUUCGAUUGGCGGACUCGCCGAAAUUUUCGGAUCCGGAGGCUUCACGCACUCGACCGGACUCACCUACCCCAAAGAAUUGUGGCUCGACGCUUCGAGAGCUAUGGUAAGCUCGGAGAAAUGAGAGAAAAUGAGCAGAAGACUAGAUUCAUUUUGCAGGGAAUGCAAGUGGAAGGAACAUUCGCGCGUCGCGGCGGAAAAAUCUACAUGGAGUUGACGAUAACGAACAAGGCAAUGCAGGCGAUUUCCGGGUUUGCCGUCCAAUUCAAUCGGAAUUCGUUCGGAUUGGUGCCCGCUGAGCAGCCGAAUCCCACGCCGUUGCUCCCGAAUCAAUCGCAGAGUGUAAGCGCUUUUUUUUUGCAAUUUUUUCUGAUUUUUAAAAAACACAUUUCAGCACACCCUCCUUUGCGACACAAGCGGACCGGUUCAAGUGACGACGCCGCUGACCAACCUUCAGGUUCGUGUAAAACUUUUUUCAAAGUUUUUAUUGAAACCAAAUAAUCAUAAAAUAUUAUCAAUUUGGAGCAAGAAACAUUAGAUAUAGCGAGCUUGAGUGAAAAAUACGGAAAUAAUUUCGUGUUCGACGGCGGAGAAAAUGGUGCUCAUCAGCUGGGCGUCGGUGGCCUGCGUGUACUUCAUAUAA